CUUGACACUGACAUUUCCCGAAAACAAACAAGUCACAAAUCACGCAGAGGUGCACCUCUUUGAGAAAGGCAAAAAAUUGUUUAUUUUACAGGUUUAUAUCGUGUUUUACUUGGUGUUAUGGAGUGGCCCAGCAAGAACGUGCCCAAAGGUGGGAUAUUCAAUAAUGCACGCGUAAAAUAUACGCCGGAAACAAGAGAAUUCAUGCAGACUUUAAUUAACGAAAGCAGAAUGAAUAUAGUACAACGCAAUAAAUUGAAAUAUUCCUUGCGGAACAAUGAGCCAUUGCCAGCCAUUAGCCGUCCGACACCGUCACAAAUUCGUCACGAGAAAUACAAAGUGCUUAUUCGGCCCGGAAGCUCAAAACGCAGAUCGCUGGAUAAGAUUCGUGAAAGUGGUGCGUAUGAAAGGGAAGUGUAUCGACCUGGACCGCCGAAACCCGAUCGCGAGAAGGUGAAACAAGCCCUGAUUGAUAAAAUGGCGCAAAUGCGUGAUGCUCAACCGGAAACCAAAAAGAUGCAAAAAUCGAACUCGAAACUCAAACCCGUUAAGGAAAUAAACCGAUAUGAAGAAUUGAAAGCGGAAAUAAAAGAACGCGAAGACUGGCUGCAAGAAAUGGAGGCCCUCGGCGAAGGCGGAAAAUACCGUGGAUUGAUCCGGUUGCAAAUCCUCGAGCGCCUCAAAGCAAUCGAAGCAUUGGCCGUCGAGAAGUAGAACGAAUUCGAGCACUUUACGUGCAUUUGUUGCGGCCAGUAAUGAAUUUGUUAUGACACGCAACAACAGAACAUAUUUUCCGGAUCGAUAGAAAUAAUGCGCUUGUUUCCAUCUCGUAUUGGCAUCAAAACUUUGCUUUCAAUAAAAAAUUUUCGAAUGAAAAAAA